AUGAUUGAUGGAGAUCGUUUGCUGACAGAAUAUCAACAGAAAUGCACUGAGCUUCAAUUUGCCGAACGAGAGAUCUCUGCUCUUCGUUGCCAAGUGGAGCAGAUGCUACAGAAAAUCCUGCCUCUGGAAAAGUGCCAGGAAGAGUUGGGUUCCUUGAAAGCAGAGUUGGAAGAGAAAAAGAGUUCUCUCAAGAUCUAUCGGGAGAGUCAACUGGAAUAUGAUAAAAUUAAAGAAGAAAUAGUAAACGGUGAUGCUGUGAGAAAGAAACUGGAAACCAAAGUGAAGAAACUUGAAGAGGCUGCAACAAAGCAUACACAGGACUUCAGACAACUGAAAACUGAAAAGAAAAGGCUUGAGAAGGAGCUAAAGAAGGCACAAGGAAAACUUGAUGGGGUACUUAAAGAGAAGUGCAGAAAAGUUAAGCAUGCAGAGACCCAGAGUUCAAGUGAAGAUCUUACCACAGAUAUAGACAAAGAAAAAAUAAAGCUUUUGUUAGAAGAACUCUGGACGUGCAUUGACAGUGCAACAGGAAGAAGAGAGAAUCAGGAGAAUGAUCCUGUAUCGGCUUCUGUUCAGGAUAAGGCAUGGCCUGAAAAAAGAAGACUGACUGUUACAGAAGAAACUGCACAAAUCCACCAGAAGAUCAGGAAGUGUGAUGGCAAAACACUACCUUGGUAUUCUUCACUAGAAAGUGCUGGAAAGCAAAAUUCUGUAACAGCCAUGCAACUUCAAGUGAGUACUGAGGCUUUUGGAGGUGACUGUCUUGAGAACAGGAAUACUGAAGAAUGUCUGCACAGUGGUGAAGAUAAAACUGUAGAUGUGAUAAUGCAGACAGAUGGGGCACACAGCAGUUCAGACUUCUCUGAUCAGGAGCAAAAGGGCCUGGGUGGAAAUGUGAUGGAUAUAUUGAAUUGGGCCAGGCCUCUCCCUGCUCUACUUUCUCCAGUACAGCUUUCACCACUAACUACACAGGAUAUAUUAUUUGGAGAAGUCACAGGUUCCAGUGACGAAGAAGUUGAUUGCAGUGUUUCUGUGGUGGAGGAUAUAUUACAAGAAGACCAAGUUCAGCCUCGGAGUUGUAAUGUAUUCAACCUCAAUGAGGAGUGUAACAGACAGAGCAAAUCAUGUGAGCAUGGUCUUGAUGCAGAAACCUCACAAAACCUGAGUUGGAAUGAAAAGAAUGUUCAUAUCGGUCCAAAGAUGUCAAGCGAGGAGGAGAGAGAUGCUGAAACAAAGCAAGCUGAAGCUGCUACUUUAAUUGCAAACAUGGAAACUAACAAAGUUUGUUUGGAGGAGAAUUCUGAGAAUAUGGAAACUGAGAAGAGAGAACUAACUGAAGCAACAGCACAUGAAUUGGAAGCAGUCGAAGAACACAAAGGAGAUAGUGAGGACAUGCACAGUGAAGAGGGAGGUUCUUCAGCUGAUUUUAUGUUACACAGUUUCAAGCCUCAGACGGAAAAAUGUAGUGAGGUAAAGCAAACAGAGGAGAAUGUAAUCUUAACUGGAGCUGUUGAUUAUGAAGGUACACAUGAAAAGCAUAGUGAAUUAAUGAAAGCAGAAAGAGGUGGAUUAUCAGGGGAGAGAGAAACUCCCAGGACUGUGUCUGUUCCCCAAAAUGUUACUCAUUUGCCACCUGGGCAAUGCAUUGUGCUUCGAAGUGAAGAUUCUGAGGAGAAAUCUGAUAUGUUGAUACAGAAUGAAGUGGUUGAAAAUGAAUCAAAAAAUGUAAUCAAAGUAACUAGUAUGGCAAGUGAUGUAGGGGAAAACAUAAAACGAGUGAUAAUUGGAGAGGAAACAACAGCUGCAAUACAGAUGAAAGGACUUUAUGUAGAGGCAAAUAAUGAGAGCGAGCUCUCUGAAAAUUUAUUGUCUGAUUUCAGUAGUUCAAAGUCCUUCUGUGAAGUGGAGUGUCCUAAAGACCUAAUGAUACAGCGUGAUGGGGAUGGAAUAAUUAUGGAGACUGAAGCAGACACUGGAGCUAUUGAGAUCUCUGGACACUCUCAGUGCUCUGACAUAAAACGUGACAGUGAAAAGAUACUGGAGAAACAAUGUGUGCAAACAAUAAAAGAUGAAGUGGACAGAGAAUGGGAACCAGAGAAAGUCUCUAGGCAUUACUUAACUGUAUCUGCUGUUGAAGGAAUCAGAAAGUCAUUGCCUACAGAUGAUGUAGACAAAAAUGUAGGUAUGGAGCGGACUGCUUUGUCAGCCUCUCCGAAAGAUGAUGAACAGCUCAAAAUUGAAGACAGGUAUAUAACCAGUCCUGAGAUUACUGAACUAGCCAUGAAAUGUAACAGAGAAAGUGUUCUAGAAAUAGCUGAAUCAUCAGAGCUACUCCAUAGUGAAGAAAAUGGAAAAUUAGUAGAUAUAAAGGAGGGGGAAUAUUUAAAAGGCAAACCACACCAGGAAGAAAAUAGUAGUAAUUUAUUGCAAGGGAAGUCAGACUUGGAAAGUAUGCUUGCACUACCAAAGACAGCAUGCAUUAGUGAUGCAGAAAGCAGUGUAGCUAAGUGUGAAUCCUUCAUGUUAGAUUUUACAGAAAUAAAAGGUGAAAUAAAACAACCUGAAAACCUGUGUAGUACAUUAGAACAUGGGUUGUCCAAAACUCAAAACUUUAGAGUGUUUGAACCUCAAGAGACUGAAUUCAAAGUUAAUCCAGAAGACUUUGGAGAGGAAAGCGGUGAGUUGUUAGAAAGAGUGGACGCCACUGAAUCUGUCUUAGUAGAAAGUAAUCUUACUUCUCAGGAACAGUUUGCAAAACCUCUGACUCAGUUCUUGGUAACUGAAAAUGUUAAAUGUGAUGAAAUAAAAGGGGAAUUAAAUAAAGAAAGGAAGGAAUUGGUGACUGAGACUUGUUCCGGUUCGUUUAACUGGGAAGAGAAUGUUGUGAAGAAAAAUAAUAUUUCAGAGAUCACCUGCCAGCCUACUUCAGAAACGGAUUUUAAUAGUGGCUUGGCUUUUUCUACUCAAGGGGACUUGGAGGUGGGCUGUAUAAAAACUGAAGAAAUACAUUCUUCUGUGCAAGUGGGAAUUGGCUUGGAAUCCACGAUGCCUCCUGAUCUAAAUUUCAGUCUUCAGCAAGUUGUCAGUUUUGUUGAAACUAGUUGCACUGAAAAGGCUACUUUUUCCUGUACAUGGAAUAACAAAGGAGAUAAAAAUUGGAUUACGGGUAAUGCAUUUAACUAUUCUUCAGAAAGCUUGGAAGAGGGUGCUGAGAUCCUGUCUGCUGAAAAAGACAGCAUGUGCAAAGAACUGGACUGCCCUGAGGGGGAAUACAUACACAAAAAUGAAGUGAAAAUUCCAGAUGAGAAGGAGCAGCCAACAGAUAAAGAACCUCAGGUAUCUGUUAAAUCACAGAUCCUGGAUGCAAACUAUUAUAAUAAGAAUACUUUUCUUCUCCAAAAGUUUGAUUGUCAAGAAUCAGGAUGCAGGACUUCUACGUGGGAGGCUAGAACAGAUCCUUCUAGGACCAGUUCACUAACAGCUGGGGGAGAAAGCAAAGAAUUAAAUAGUUUUGAGGCAUCUGGGAAAAAUGCCAUAAAAAGGUGUAAAAAUUAUUUUGAUAUGCCAGAGCAGAGCAUUGAAUCUGAAGAGAAAGACUGUUCUAUAGAAAAAGUUAGAUAUGUGAAAUGUUCUGAGUGUGUUCCCAUGUUCGGAAAGGAACUGAGCGCUUCUAGCGGAAUUGCAGUGGGUGCUCUGGAAACUGGUGCAAUUGUUGAUGCUGAUUACCAAGUAUGUGAACAUCAUUCAACAAUGCACCCUGGAAAUACUUUGACAGUUAGUCAUCUAAAAGCAGACUCUACGGUGGAUACGGAUACACACUGUGAAACAAACACCUCUCCCGAUACCGCAAAUGAAUUGUCAAAUGUGGCUGGGGAGGGUUAUCCUAAAGACUUAGCCUCUUGGAAAAGAGAGUGUAUAUUAGUAACCUCUGAAAAUACGGAGGGUGCUAAUGAAUGCAUGGUAGAUUCUAACAGAGCUGGAUGCAUCAAUGACAGUGAGGAAAGUGUGUUAAAAGCUGGGACAUCAAAAGAAAGCCCUGUGAUGCCAAAUGCUUCAAAAAAUAGGUUACCACUAUGCCAGAUGUUAACCAGAUUCUCAGAAACUUGCAGACUGGCUGUAAAAAACAGUAAAGUAAAUACAAGAAUAUUAGCACUUGGCAAGUUCUUAGAAGAAAAUGAUUCUGAAAAUCUUCAGUCAAAUGUGGACCAAAGUCUACUACAUGGUAUUGAUAUGGGGGUCUCAGUGUUUGAAAAAUACAAUCAAACUUGCACUGCUUGCAACAUAGGAGAAAACAGCACUGAUGUUAUCCUUGAUGCUAGCGGUAGAAAAAAAAAUUUUGUUGAGUAUCUUUCAAAUCCAGCCCUAUGUGAUGUAGACUGCAAUUGUCAGACAGUUAGGCAGCCUUCUGAGCCACAGAAAACAGUAUUUGAGAAGCUAUGUGUGUUGGAGUCUGAGUCUUGUGUCGAUGUUGCUCUCAAAGAGAGCAACAAAUUGAAGUGCAACGAGCAGGAACCAUCUGAAAUCUUGCCUGUUUCAACCAAGACAGAUGCCCAAGUAAUGCAUGCCAAGCUAUCAAAGAGGUUGUUUCAAGGUAAAAGAAAAACAAAGACUCUCAAAGUUAAACUAACUCAGCCAGUUCUUGCAAAUGCUGAUACUUCUAUGCCAACAAAAUGUUCAUCCGAGACUAUAAAUAAAAUCAGGCAAGAGAUGGGUCUUCCUCUGCCCCCCUUGCUGCUGCCUUUGAUUGCUACUCCUCCAAAAGCUGCAUGUGCCAUAUCCCCAGUAAUGUCUUCUACUGGUCGAUCAUCUUUGUUUUCCCCUCUCGAUGACCUAAUAUCCCCACUACGUGAAACUCCUGUUCCCCCCCUCAUGUCUCCAUUAACAGAUACUCCAACAGCAAAAUCUGCUCUUUUAUUUUCUCCUCCCUCACCCUCAGAAAUAGCAGUAGGUAGAAGGAUUCGCUCCUCACCUUUGAAAUUUUGUACUUCCAUUCCAAAGCAUGCACUUCCUGUCCCAGGAAGAUUUCCUCUGUUUGCAGCGGAUAGUGCGGCUCCAGGUACCACUCAGGAGAACUCUGUGAAAAUCUUGGACACUAUGUAUCCAGAGCUGUCUGCAAGGGCCAGGACACUAAACAUUCUGAAAGGCAACAUUCAUCUUAACCGAUGUGCUUUUUCAGAAAGCCAAAGUUUGCCAGGACCUGUGGCUCAAAUAGGUGGGUUCAAAGCAAUUGCAUCUGCAUCAACUGCUUUUGUUAAAACUGGGAGCAAUUUCAAAUCUGAUAGUAGCAAAGAUCAAGACAAAGAUGUGCAAAAUCAGCAGUUGUUUUCAAGCUUAUCAGAUCAUCCUGAAAAACGAACACUGUUGCCAAUAUCUAUGCCAAGAAGUGCAAAAAGACUGAGGUUGGACAGUGAACCACCAAAGCAGGAGCCAAAUGAUACUGCUGCUACCAGAAAUAGUAAAAAUACAAUCUCUGAAAUGCAGGAGACUUUCCAUGACAAAAGCUGUGAAAUCAGUGAUUCAGCACACAGUUCCAGUUUAGAAGCAUCACUACCAGUAAAGAAGGUUAUUGAUCCUGACUGCCAGAAGGUUUCUUUAGCAUUGAAGAAAAUUGCUGAAUCCUGUUUUGACUUGUUACCAGUUAUUAAAGGUCACGUGUAUGUUGGCAAUAUCUCGAAGAUUCCAAUACUGAGAGAUGAAGAGAAAGAAGUUAUCUAUGAAUUUGGCAUAAAAAACAAG